GCUUCCCCGGCCGAGCUUAAGAGAAUCGUGGAGCCGCCGGCCUUUUGAGACAAAGGGAAGCUUUGGUGUGAUUCAUUCCACUGACUCCCUCCUUCAGGGAAUAUAUUUGAGCGAGGAACAACUAAGCUUCCAAUUAGGAAUGCCCGGCUUUUUUUUUUCUUUCACGUUCAAGAACGACACUUCUUCCCGCGCCAUUAUCCGAUCAGCGCCUCCUGCUCGCCAAGCCUACUGGUUCGGGCGCUCCGAUAAUCGAGUCUUACACGGACAGCCAAAAAAGAGUAUUUUCUGCCAUAUUACCUUUCAUUUGUUCGAUCCUUACCAACCAACCUAGGAAUGUGCGACCAGAACAGCCUACACCAUGCGCCUCAUCCAAGGUAUCGGUCGCGUGGAAGAAAGCGGGAGUCAAGCUUGAGCAAUUGCUUAAUAUCAGCUUUGUUGUUGAGUUAUCAUAGCUAAAAAGGCAACCGGAAGACAGCAUCCGACUCAGAUAGGGAUGUGCCUGGAAAUGCGAUCCCCGACAAUCGGCUACUGAAGGUCGUCUGCGACUCCAGUGGCAUCCAUUCUCUAGUUGCCAACGUUUACAAUAAGGAAGGGGCGGGGUUCCUAGCCAAGGACACACGCAGUAGCGCCCACCCGAUACGUACGGUAAUCCAAGAGCAUGGUCGUAUACAUCAAGGACAAGGAACUAGGGGCUACAUGCUACCAUGCGAUGAACUCGAGAAGGGCCGUCUCGAUUUCAUCCAUACCAUGAUGAUGAAAGCGCUGCGCUCCGACCAACCAAUUCACGUCCCCCAUCCUGAAAAUGGCCGCUUCUUAGAUCUAGGGUGUGGGACCGGCCUCUGGGCGAUUGAAGUGGCGAAGGCAUAUCCAAGUGCCUACGUUCUGGGGGUCGAUGUGUCUGCAAUCCAGCCAGAUUCUCCUCCGCCAAAUUGUGACUUCAAGGUCCCUUUUGACUAUGAGCGUCCUUGGUUAAUGGGAGAAGGAAAGUGGGAUGUUAUCCAUAUGCGAAUGGGGUGCGGCAGCGUCACCAAUUGGCCAGCACUUUACAAGAGGAUAUACGACCAUCUGCAUCGCGGUGCUUGGUUUGAACAGCUUGAGAUAAUUUUUGAGCCUCGUUGCUUCGGUCGACGACUGAGAUUCGGCCCGCUCCGAUUUUGGUACUACAACCUGAAGGCCGCGACAGAACAAACCCAGAGCGGAAUCGAGCAUUACUCAGGUCAGGUACUGCAGUGGCUGGUGGAUGCUGGGUUUCGCCAGGUCGGCUGUGAGGAAUUUGUGCUGCCCCUAGAACCGUCGAUGCUCCCCAUCCACGACAAGGCAUCUGUCCGAUGGUACAGGACAGCCUUUGCCGAGAGUGUCCUGCUACUCUGUUUGGCGCCGUUCAGCCGUGUGUAUGGCUGGUCAUAUGACGAGAUCCAGUCACUCGCGACUGCUGCGGUAGCAGAAGCUCUUGAUCCAAGCAGAACCCUUUUCUACACCUUGCGUUUGUACAAGGCGCGGAGGCCUUUGGACGAGGCGACUGUUUUUGGUGGAGCCCCUCCUUGACCAGACCUACUGUUUCAGCAGGGCUCCCCAGUAUACUAUCUACCCGGAGAUCCUGGCAGACUGUGUCCAGUGCCACCUUUUCUUCCUUGCGCGCCAUCGCCAACCAGGUAGCGCUGGGGAGAGUAAUAUAAUAUAUGUUUAAGAAGCGGGAAUAUUAUAAUACCAUGGUUACAGGCAUGUGGUCAAAACGAUGUAAUCUCUAUCUUCGAGUCUUAGCCUAUUCUGCCCAGGAAAUCAACUCCCACCUCUUUCCGACGCUAUCGAAGCGUGGUAAUACAAGGUGCUCUGUU